AUGGAUUCAGUUACAACUUCUAAUACAAGGCUUGAAUUCGCAAAGAUUUGCGUGGAAAUUGGAGUUAACGAAGAAAUUCCUAAAGUUUUGGAUGUUGUCUUUAAUGAUGGUUUAACUACAUCAGUUCAUGUUGAGGUACCAUGGUUACCUCCUAGAUGUAGGAAUUGUAAGGUUUUUGGUCACAACGAUAAAAAUUGUUUGGUGAAACAUCUUGCAAAACCUACAACAAAUCAGUCUGACCUUAAUUGUUCGGAAUCUAUCAAAUUACCCACUGAUACUUCAUCUCCAAAUCCUUCACCUACAAAAAAUCUUCAAGUGAAAGAAGCUAACUCUGAUCAAAAUUGUAUUAACCUCAAAGAACAACAACCUAUCCCAACUACUGAAAGUCAGCCAAUCUUUUCUGACACUUCUGCUACGGUUGAAGUUGGUUCCUCUUCUCUUCAUAAAUGUGGUAGAGGAAGACCUCCCGAAGAAAAAGUUGUUUUUGCUGGAUCUAAGAAUCGUUUUGAACUCUUAAAUUCGAUUGAUAAAAUCCCUUCAACACAGGAAGUUCCUCAAAGGAAAAGCAGAGUUGCUUCAAAGGGAGUUGUUGAACUGGUAAAAGACCUAAAACAGAAAAAGAACGAAAAGUUGGAUAAGACAAAAAGUUCUAUUGUUGAGGGAGAAGGAGCCACUUUGGAACCUAACCUCUAA